UUCAUUAGACAUGCACUUUUAUGUCAGUAGCUCAUUUUAUAUGUAACCAAAGCAAAGGAUUGUAAUUUGAUUGUAAAAACCUGGAAGAAAAUGCUUUAAAAACACAUUGAAGUUUGUUAAUCACUGUUGUACUUAAAGGAGAAAAUACUCCAAACAGAAGCGAACCAAAGCGCACUGCGAAUGUGUAUAUGUUUAAUGCUCUGCUGGGAUUGGUGGAUCCAACACAUGAGCCACAGUUAAUGAAUUCAUUCAUCGACCACACACACACACACACUCACACAUGCUAGAGCUUUCCUGAAGGGGAGGAGCCAGCAAUAGAUACUAAGGCUAAUGCCCGGCUCAGUCUGCAUAUACAUGGAUGUACAUAAACACACACAGUGCGUAGAGGCUCAGUGAUGGUAGACGACCCUGACGGGACAGUCACAAUAAUGAUUGGGAGUUAGAUGCAGCGUCACUGCUGACUCACACACACACACACACACACACACUGCUCUGUCCGGCAUGAAGAUCUUCAGCAGGUUUCACUAUGUGUGGUAUCUGGACUUCUCAAAUGACGACACCAAGCUGGAGUACAAUGUGGACGCAGAGAAUGGGAUCGUCAUGGAGGGAUAUCUGUUCAAGAGGGCCAGCAAUGCCUUCAAAACCUGGAACAGGCGAUGGUUCUCGAUUCAGAACAAUCAGCUAGUGUACCAAAAGAAAUUUAAGGAUAACCGUACGGUCGUGGUGGAAGACUUACGCUUGUGCACCGUCAAACACUGCGAGGACAUCGAGCGCAGAUUCUGCUUCGAAGUGGUUUCUCCAACAAAGUGA